AUUCGGUUAUGAUUACGAUCUUCUGGGAAACAAAACCUAAUUAGAGAUUGGGUUAUGUUGUGUUGCUGGGUUCCUUUUCACUCUCCUCUGUCGAGUAGUACUUGCAAGCUCAGUGCUUCUACUUUUCACACCCCUCCAUUCUCUUUCCGACAUAAUAAAAUAAGCUGCAUGGACUUCGGCGGCUCAGAUUCCAAUGGCCGCGAAUACAAAACCGCCGACGAGAUGUGGAACGAACAAACCGGUGACCUUAGCAAGAAAAAUGUAUGGUAUCGUCAAGGCGUUUCCUAUUGGGAGGGUGUUAAUGCAACUGUUGAUGGAGUAUUAGGAGGUUUUUCACAUGUGAAUGAACCUGAUAUUAGUUGCAGUGAUGAUUUCUUGAAGAUUAUCUUAUCUGAACGUUUUUCUUCUCAUGUUAAAACCCAACCACUAGUUGUUCUUGAUUGUGGUUCUGGCAUUGGUAGGGUUACCAAAAAUCUAUUAAUAAGAUACUUCAAUGAGGUUGAUCUUCUUGAGCCAGUAUCACAUUUCUUAGAGGCUGCACGUGAAACGUUGACCUCUGGAGAUUACACAAAUUCAGAUAUGCACAAAGCAGUUAAUUUUUAUUGUGUGCCUCUUCAGGAUUUUACGCCAGAUAUCGGAAGAUAUGACGUAAUAUGGAUUCAAUGGUGUAUCGGUCAUCUCACAGAUGAUGAUUUUAUUACAUUUUUCAAGAGAGCAAAGGUUGGCCUCAAACCAGGUGGACUAUUUGUCCUGAAGGAGAACAUUGCCAGAUCUGGAUUUGUGCUUGAUAAUGAAGACCGAAGCGUUACAAGAUCUGAUAAAUACUUCAGAGAACUCUUUUCUAGGUGUGGCUUGCAUGUUUACAAAGCAAAGGAUCAGAAAGGAUUCCCUGAUGAAUUAUUUGCUGUGAAGAUGUAUGCAUUAACUACAGAAAUUCCAAAGAAGGUGCAUCACACUAGAUCUAAAACAAAAUCUAAUAGACCUAGGUAGGAUAAUCAUGUGAUCAACUUGUCUUAUGGGUUUGAGUAUUUGUCAAAAGUCCAUUUUUUCAUGUUGUAUUCUUAGUUUUUUAUUUAUAAAUUGUUGAGAGCUACUUUAUCCACCCUCCAUGUUUUAAGAAAAUCAUGUGUUUAAAAGUAUACUUACUUCUUUUGUCAAAAAAAAGUCUACUUACUUCCAAAUUGAAAAAAAAGAGAAUCAUAUUUUUGUUUGGAAGUAUACACAAGUAUUUUUUUUGGAUGUGUACUGUCAAAGUGACUUUAGGGGUGAGAAAAGUUGCUUCCUAAUGUUUUCAUGUUGUAUUCUAGUUUAGUUUGGUUUAGUUUAGGACCCGUUUGGGGUGAUUUUAUAUUUUGUUUUGAAAUUUUCAAAAACUAAAAUCAGUUGUGAUUUUUGAGUUUCA